CAGAAAGAUUUGAACUUUGAAGCAGGGCAUCGUUUGUUAGUGGAGUGGUGAAAGAGAUGUUGAUGUCUCUGGACUUCCGACCUCCAUUAACUUCACCUCAAAACCCUAAUCUCAACUCAACCCAAUUGUCUAAAUCCUUUAAAAACCCUUAUGCUCCCUCUCUUUUCUUCUCUACAUCAUUUGAAAGCCGUAAUUUCAGUUCAACCCAUAUCUCCAAACCUCUCAAAAACCCCAUCACAAUCCUCAAUCUCCACCUAACUUCGAGACGAUCAUCCAAUUUAAGAUAUACCCAAUUAAUUUCUCUUUUCAAAGACCGUACUUUUCCUGUGUUUAGGCUCAGAAGUCCCCCAACAUUAAAUCCCAGAAACCGGUUUCAGAGACUUAAGUGCUAUGGGAUUAAGGACUCCGGUGAAGAGACUAAGGUGGUGGUGAACUCUGGUGGUGACGAUGGAGGUGGCGGAGGUGGCGGAGAUGGAGAUGGAGAUGACGAGCCGGUGGAGAAGAGAAGUGGGCUAUUGCCAGAAUGGUUGAAUUUAACUUCAGAUGAUGCUAAAACAGUGUUCGCGGCAUUAACCAUAGCGCUUGCUUUUAGGUCAUUCGUGGCAGAGCCGAGGUACAUACCUUCAUUGUCGAUGUAUCCUACAUUUGAUGUUGGAGAUCGAAUUGUUGCAGAGAAGCUUACAUACUACUUUAGGAAGCCAUGUCCUAAUGAGAUAGUAAUUUUUAAGAGUCCACCUGUUCUUCAAGAAGUAGGAUACACUGAUGAUGAUGUCUUCAUCAAAAGAGUAGUUGCCAAAUCAGGUGAUAUUGUGGAGGUUCAUAAUGGAAAACUUAUUGUUAAUGGUGUUGUACGAGAUGAAAACUUCAUUCUUGAAGCACCUUCUUAUGAAAUGACACCAAUUCGUGUACCAGAGAACUCAGUCUUUGUGAUGGGUGAUAAUCGUAAUAAUAGCUAUGACUCCCAUGUUUGGGGUCCUCUUCCAGCCAAAAAUAUCAUAGGAAGAUCAGUAUUUCGAUAUUGGCCCCCAAACAGGAUAGGUGGCACGGUACCUGAUAGUGGCUGUGCUGUUGACAAACAGGAAAGCAGCCAAGAAUCUGAAUAUAGAUCCAAGGGCCAGUAGGUAUUUAACCAAAAGAGGGUAUGACUUUUGGUUAUUUAUGUCAUGUUCCCUUAGAAUAUCAUGUAUUUCUCUUGCCUCUUUCUAUGACUUUUUGAAAAAAAAAAAGAAAAAAAAUUCUGUGGUAUCAAUUUUGAUAAAAGGUCCAUUCUUGUAAAACAGGCCCUUUUUGAGGCCUAUCCUAAUGAUCUUACAACUGCAGAUAAAGCAUUGACCAUUGUAAUGGCUAAAGAUCAAUACAAUUCCAAUUUUUUU